GCAGGCAGACUCCCAACAACUGCGCCACCAGGGAAGCCCUGUGCUUUCAUUUUUAAAGAUGGAAACACAGAAAUGCUUGGCCAAAAUUGUGGUGGUCUUUGUGUGUUGCUUUGUCUUCUUCUGGUUUCCAAAUCACAUCCUUUACAUGUAUAGGUCUUUCAAUUAUAAUGAGAUUGACCCAUCUCUAGGCCACAUGAUUGUCACCUUAGUGGCCUGCGUUCUGAGCUUUUGCAGUUCUUGUGUCAAUCCAUUGCUCAGUGAAAGCUUCAGGAGGCACUUCAAUAGGCAGCUCUGUUGUGGAAGGAAGUCUUAUCAAGAGAGAUCAAGUACCUACCUACUCAGCUCCUCCGCAGUGCGUGUGACAUCCCUGAAAAAAAAUGCUAAGAAUAUGGUGACCAAAUCUGUAUUACUUAGUGGGCACAAUGUGAAGUAGGAAAUGGCACUGUGAUUUUGGCCAUUCAACUCACUACCUGAAAAGAACUUACUCUCGUAUCUCUAUUGAGUAAAGCAAAACUAAACAAUUCUUUCUUUUUUACUAUAUCUCAGCUCAUUCAUUGAACAGUUUCAUGAUUGACUCAGAAAAAGCAAGUCAAACAGAGUUACCAUUUUUCACUGAACAAGACUUUAAAUGACAU